UUAGACUACUUUUAAUUUUACAUAAACUGUCAUUUGUCUUAAAUUACCCACCAUUUUAAAAUUUUAAGUUGAUUGCAUAUUUUAAAUGAUAAAAUGUAUGUAGUAGACCUAUCGUCCUAGAAACCUCCUUGAUGUUGUGUCAUACGUUGCGUAUGCCAAAUGUACCCAGCUUUGUCCCAUUGCGUGUCCCUGACGAUAACAGGCCAGAAAUACUUUGCUGAUGUAGGAGAUGCUGUAUCAAACGGUGCGUGCGUUUUGGCGAAGUGACGUUUAUGUCCCAGAAUGCAGUCUGGUAAACAGACAUGGAAGCACCAGGUGAAGACCUCCACACAGGCUGAGCACUACACUCGCCCUUUCCCAACGUCUUCUCUCUCCUUCGCGUAGUGCAUCCAGUUGAUAUAUAUCUGCCUGGUGUCACGUUGACGUCUGCAGCAUAUAGAGCCUCGACUUCCUCUUCAGUGUGUGUGGCAGCCAGUGAUUACCCAAACUGAUGAGGAUCGGCUGAUUGAAUAAAAAAUAAGUUCCUUUUAUCUUAUUUUUCCAAGCGGAAAGAAUGUCGGAAAGGGCCGAGGAUGACGUCAGGGGGGAGCUGCGCCGAGCGGCCAGGCAGCAGCUGAAGCAGCAGCAGAUCCAGCGGGGAGAAGGCUCCACAGCAAUGGCGACUGUUGCGGAGCGGAGAUCCUUACCUAGUCCAGAAAUAAUGCUGGGACAGCCUUGGAGCAACUGGGUCGACGCCGUCAAACUCCACGGCAACGACGGUGCUGAAUCGGAGGAAAGUUUCAAAGACUUCGGGAAAAAUCGAGAAGCCAUGCGCUUGUGCAGAGAAGACAUGCCCAUAUUUGGCCAGUGUCCCGCACAGGACGACUUCUACCUUGUGAUGUGCAGCCACUGCGGUCAGGUAGUCAAGCCCCAAGCCUUCCAAGCACAUUAUGAGAGAAGACACAGUUCAGCCAGCAAGCCCUCCUCCACCUCGCCGUUCUCCGUGUCAGGCAGGAACCGGAGCAGCGGCAGUAGCUUUGGGUCUGGGCUGGGCUCGGGGUCUGUUGCUGGAGUGGCAAGUGGAGGCCGACUUUCCACCACUGGAUCCAGCUUGUCCUCCUCUUCGACGUCCUCCUCCUCCUCCAAUCCCAAACUCCUCAAAUCAGCCAAAGAGAAGCUGCCAGGCAUUCAGCGAAGACCCCCCUUUGCACCCGUCAGGAUGCUCCAGCCGGAAAAGAUCCUUACCCCGGCUGUCAAGGUGGAGAAGAUGCAUCUGAGGGUGGACUCGUCCUCUAAGCUGGUGCAGGCCCCAUCUGCCCCUGCCACCACCUCAUCCUCCUCCACAUCCUCCUCUAGCACCACUGUGAGCUCCAACACUACCAUCACCUCCUCCUCCUCCUCAUCAGCCCUUAAAUCAGGCCUUAACUGUCCCUCCAUACCAAUGCCUCCAUUACUGGCCCCGGGUCAGAUUCCUAAUGGCAAGGGCCACCUCUCGGUCCUCUCGGAUAAGAAGCAGGACAGCAGCAGUGCCAGUAGCAGACGCCACUUUAGCAAGAAAGUGUCAGAACGCGAGUUCAAUCCAGAUACCCACUGUGGCGUUGUGGAUGUGACAGCUCGUAAACCAUGCACAAGAUCUCUAACAUGCAAGACACAUUCCUUAAGCCAGCGGAGGGCAGUUCCUGGGAGGAGGAAGCGCUUUGACACAUUGCUGGCAGAGCACAAGAACCGAGCAAGGGAGCGGGAGAGGGCGAGAGAACUCCACCAACCCCAUUCCCAGCAGAACCCCCCUCUCAGGGACCCUCACCCUUCCUCCCACCUCACCACUGCCCAUGACACUCACCAGGUGGCUCAUGGCAAUGGCCCAGCCCCAGAUGCCACUAAGCCUUUGCCACUCAGCAAGCCCAAAUUCCACAGCCCUGGUCUUCCACGAUUAAACAGCAGUCACUUAGGUGGUACCACUGGAGACCCUGCAGUGGUCCACGAGUUACCACAUCAUCCCCAAACUACCCCCGAUGGGUUUUUCCGACCCUCCAGUGACGAGGGAGAGAAUGAGGAGCGGGAGGACGCUGACAAACUGGACUGUCACUAUUCAGGUUAUCAUCCUCGACCGGCAGCUUACUGUACCUUUGGAAGUCGACUGUUUGGGAGAGGCUGUUACUCCUUUGACCGGCGAUGGGACAGAGUGCGAUGUGCCCUAACCACAAUGAUGGACAAGCAUGUCAACUCUCAGAUGUGGAAGAAAAUCCCCUUGGCCUUGGAGAACUCCUCCUCUGUUGUACCUACCCAUAGGACAAGCACAAAUUCCCAUAGUAGCACUCCCACUUCAGGCUUCCUGGGCCCCCCUGCCACUUUAUCCCAGACUCCUUAUAGCCAAUCUUACGAGGGCAAGUCAGUGCUCUCCUAUGGGACCACCUUAAAUGCCCGCAGCUCACCACAGAGCGGGGCUGAGCACCCGGCCUAUGGCACCACGCAGGCCCGACAAGUGUCUUCGUCGCCGCAGAUGCCUUCAGCCCACUCGUCCUCAUCCUCUUCUUCUUCAGCUCCUUCCCUAGCCUCAGGCCGGGCGCUUAAGUCCCGCUCCUCCAGCAGCAGCACUACCAAGUCGUCAUCGUCUUUCAGGCCCCGGGAGGUCUCCUCUGGCUCCUCCACACCUGUCACCCCCAACUCCACUGGUGGGGGCAGCAGUGGAGCCAACAGUAACAGUAGCAGUGGCAGCUUGGGGAAGAAGAGGAAGAACAGCUCUCUACUUUCUUCAUCCCAAGGCCCCUCUGAAUCCUACUCUUCUAAUCCCAGCUACUCUUCCUCUUCCUCAUCUUUCAAAAAGAACUGUGCAAAUGUCGGCAGCUCAGGGAGCACCUACCACCACAGCUCAUUAGGUCCGUCAUCCUCAUCAUCAUUGUUCUCCUCUCACAGUGGAGUCCACAGUGUGGGGCUUAACUGUGGCCCCACUGUGCGGACCAACUCGCUUAGCCUCAAGGCCGAGCCUUCUGGAGCUUCAGCAGGUGGGUCCUCAGGGCCUCCUGCACGAGGUCCUCCCUCGGGCAGCCCUGCAGAGUCCAUCAAGCGUAUGAGUGUGGUGAUGAAUAGCAGCGACUCCACCCUUUCCCUGGGGCCCUUUGUCCACCACCAGUCCUCAUCUGACCACCACACCAGCUUCAGCCACCACAACUUAGAUGGGCGUCUGGAGGGCAAGAAGCGCAAAAGUUCUCCUGCCUCUAGUAGCAUUAAUAGUGGAGGUGGGGGAGGAGGGCUUGGAGGGGGCGGACCGCCUGGACCAGGUAGACCCAAAGUGGCCAAGUCACCUGCCAUUAACAACAUCCAUGGGAAGCAUGGGCGGAGCAUUCCAGGGACGCCAGGGCUACCCAACAAUUCCCAUUUACAUCAGCCAAAGGCUCGUCCCUGACAGCGGUGUCCAGCUUCAGUGCAUGGAACCGGUAGGCAGCCAGGGAAUAGUACAGAGCAGUCUGCAUACUGCUCUGUACUGCACGAGGCCUUUUAAAAUCAAACCCACAUUACUCUCAGCUUCCCACAAUCCUCAGGGUGGAGAUGAUCUGGACUGCCCAGUGAAGUUAGUGUGGUCCUUGCUAUUUCUCCCAAAGCCAUGUCUGUGUGGGGGGCAGUGGCACUGUGUGAGGAUAGCAAUGUGGAGUGCUAGGGGUCUAAUGAGCAAGCCAAAGACCCCCCCCCCUCCCAAUGCACGUGUUGUCCCAGUAUUCUGAGAGGUCUUCCUGUCUGGUCGCAAGUAUGAGGAACAAUAGCAACAACCAUGGAUCUUUUGAGCUGCGGUUCAGAACUCAUUUGCUUCAGGUUAAGGGCUGUGCGUAACAAGCCGUCAUGACGCCGAGCAACUGGGGAAGACAGCAAGCCGAUCUCUUCCGUAUUUGUUAAAGAAUGCGUGUGUGAAUGUGCGUGUGUGUUCGAGUAUUUUUCUCAUGUCAGAUUCUGCUGGACUACUGGAAUUUUCAGCUUAAUUACACCCCUAGCGCCUGAUCUCAGAAGCCUUGGAAGGAAAGCAGGAGGAGCAGUAAACUGUACUUGCAACACAACACACAAUCAACUUGAUGUUUCACUUUUACAUCAGUCGACUCUCUCUGAUGACAGGUGAGCAAUCUGGUCAGUUCUUGUGUUACCCAGAAUAAUUAUGCAAGUGUUACCUUUUUAUGAUCUCUUAUGAGCUUUUUACACUGUACUACAAAGAGUCUCUGUAGACAUGCUGAAAACAGUUGCUUUCAAAUGUGAAAAGGACGUCUGAUGCGCCCACCCGAUCGAAUCUUUUGUUGGAGAGAGAGAGAGCUUGCUCUUGAAGACACCUAUUAAUUUUCUGAAUCUUUUUCAUCGUGCAAAAUGAUAGCCACAGUAGACCUACCCCCAACUGUGAACAGCACUAAAUAACUACUUUCUCCACUGGCACUGCUUAGUUGUCCACAAAGCUAGCCAAAAGCUGCUGUCAGCUUUGCCAACUACAUUUUUUUUUUUUUUACUAGAAGGUGGGCAGUCUUGCUCAUGAAAUGGUGAUGGUGCAUUGUCUGUGUAGAUCUGAAGAAAAUCUACACAAACUUUACUACUUUUACCCAUUCAGCUGUGUGAAGCUGCUUGUGGUCAGAUGUGAAUGGUAAUGUGUUAUUUUCUCUGCAUAGGAAAUUGGGUUUGGUACGUCUUAACUGGAGCAAACUUUAUGCACAUCACCUGUCUUCUGUGGGUAUGUUUGUCCCUCCUGUGUGUUGACCACUACCCAAGCUCUUCAAUGCCUCAGUGUAACACUGUGUGGUGUGAAGAGAUUUGUCACAGUAGAACCGCUAGCCAGGCGUUGUAUUCUAUUCCUUUGUCAAAAUGGAGUCUUAAAUCAGGCAAUACUUGCCCAUCUCAUUGGGAUGUUUGCUUUCUUUGCAUUGUCUUGAGUGGGUUUUAUGGUGCGAGAUUCAUGGAGAUGGCUUCACGGGACAUACUGAAUCUUUUGGCAGUACCUGCUGAUUUAUGGAACCUCCACUGAUGUCAGAUCGUGUGGGGGGGGGGGGAAGCCGAGACGUAAA